GAGGCGCCGGGCCGCGGGGAUAGAUUCCCAGAAGUGGGAUAACUGGAUCAGAGGGUGGUUACCCUGUGUAUAAGAGUGUGUGUCUCACUGCACCUUCAAUGGCAUUGAGUAGAUUGUCAGUAUUUAAACAGACCACAUCAUGCGUGAGUACAAGCUAGUGGUCCUUGGUUCAGGAGGCGUGGGGAAGUCCGCUCUGACAGUUCAGUUUGUUCAGGGAAUUUUUGUUGAAAAAUAUGACCCAACGAUAGAAGAUUCCUACAGAAAGCAAGUCGAAGUAGAUUGCCAACAGUGUAUGCUCGAAAUCCUGGACACAGCAGGAACAGAGCAAUUUACAGCGAUGAGGGAUUUGUAUAUGAAGAAUGGCCAAGGGUUUGCACUAGUAUAUUCUAUUACAGCUCAGUCCACGUUUAAUGACUUACAGGACCUGAGGGAACAGAUUUUACGGGUUAAAGACACAGAAGAUGUUCCAAUGAUUUUGGUUGGCAAUAAAUGUGACCUGGAAGAUGAGCGAGUAGUUGGCAAAGAGCAGGGUCAGAAUUUAGCAAGACAGUGGUGUAACUGUGCCUUUUUAGAAUCUUCUGCAAAGUCAAAGAUCAACGUUAAUGAGAUAUUUUAUGACCUUGUCAGACAGAUAAAUAGAAAAACACCAGUGGAAAAGAAGAAGCCUAAAAAGAAAUCAUGUCUGCUGCUUUAGACUUACAGUAAGCAGCAGCUCUGAGCCAGAUUACAGGAAUGAAGAACUGUUGCCUAAUUGGGAAGUGCCAGCAUUCCAGACUUCAAAAAUUAAAUCUGAAGAGGCUUCUCCUGUUUUAUAUAUUAUGUGAAGAAUUUAAAUCUUAUAUUGGUUUGCACAAAUUCCCUGGAGAAAAAAAAUUGCUCUGUGUAUAUCUCUUGGAAAAUAAGACAAUAGUAUUUCUCCUUUGCAAUAGCAGUUAUAACAGAUGUGAAAAUAAAUAUACUUGACUCUAAUAUGAUUAUACAAAAGAGCAUGGAUGCAUUUCAAAUGUUAGAUAUUGCUACUAUAAUCAAAUGAUUUCAUAUUGACCUUUUUAUCAUGAUUCCUCCCUGUCAAGCACUAAAAGUUGAACCAUUAUACUUUAUAUCUGUAAUGAUAUAGAUUAUGAAAUUUCUCCUCAAACUCAUUGCAGCAGAUAACUUUUUGAGUCAUUGACUUCAUUUUAUAUUUAAAAAAUUAUGAAAUAUCAUUCUGUCAUUAUAUUCUAAUUAAAAUUGUGCAUAAUGCUUUGGAAAAAUGGGUCUUUUAUAGGAAAAAAACUGGGAUAACUGAUUUCUAUGGCUUUCAAAGCUAAAAUAUAUAAUAUACUAAACCAACUCUAAUAUUGCUUCUUGUGUUUUACUGUCAGAUUAAAUUACAGCUUUUAUGGAUGAUUAAAUUUUAGUACAUUUUCAUUUGGUUUUGUGUGUUUUUGUUUAUAGAUUUAAGAUUUUAUUUUAUAAUGGCCACAUUGUUUUAAGUACAACUGUAGCUCCUUUCUGCCUGGUACUUACAGAAUACUUGGCUUUAAACCCCUAAGUGUUUAAAUCACCUAAUUGGUGAUUUCUUUGAGAACAGACUUCAUGCUUUCUGUUCUAGAUGUAUUUAUUCCUACUAUACAGCAAACUACAUCAGACUACAUAGAAUAGUUUUGUAUAUUCUCUCUUGAUCUUAUAGAUUGUAUCUUAUUGAAUAAAAUAUCCCACUGUAUUAUUUUUAUAUGUAAAAAUAAGUUUAAUACUGUAUUAGGGGUUAACUUUACUAUUUCAAAUCUUCCACAGCUUGUAAUUUCACCAAGGGAAUCCUUUGGUCAUUGUUAAUUUGUUGGGUGUAAGCCCACCAACGAAAUGUUAUGUAAAAAAUUUUCAAACUUACUUUAUAAUAGAUUGAAGAAUUUGAGAGAAGUGAGAAAAAGUGAAAAAGCGUAUAAAGAA